CGGCAAACUAUGACAGGCCCGUAAACUAAACUAAAACACGUAAACCUAUCAAAAAACGACAUCAGAUUUCAAUAUGGAGAUUAUGUAUGUAUACACCAAAAAGCGCAGGGAGUUUGGCCGCCAGUGUAACUUUUCAGAUAGACCCGCUGAGCUUCACGUGGACAUCUUACCCGACCCUUCCCUGGCUGCCAACUUCAUACUGAGAGAUCCAUGUGAUGUAGCCGUACAGUGUGCUCAGGAUAUGUCUGAACACGAGGUGAACACAGUGUGCAUUGUAUCUGAAUCAAGAGGAAUAAACCAUGUGGAGGGUGGGUGGCCGAAAGAUGUCAACCCGGAGGAUGUGGAGGCGACCAUCCGCUACAGAAAGAAAGUGGAGAAAGAUGAAAACUAUCAGAACACGAUCGUGCAGCUUGCUAGUCUCAUGGAGCACUGCAUUAAGCAGAACAACGCCAUUGACAUCUAUCAGAAGUAUUUUGAAGAUGAAGAGGUGCUUGAGGAAUCAGAGGAGCAACCAUUAGCUAAGACAAUCAAUGUUUUUAGAGACCCGAAUGAAGUGAAGCGUACAGCCACCACUUUGUCCUGGCACCCAGACGGCAACCAUAAGCUCGCAGUUGCCUACUCUUCCCUGGAAUUUCAGAAAGCACCCAAAAACAUGAGCUUUGACUCCUACAUAUGGGACAUUGAAAACCCGAAUAAACCUGAGAUGACUCUUAAACCCGUAUCUCCGCUCGUUUGUCUGGAGUACAACCCUAAAGAUUCUCACAUCCUUGUUGGGGGAAGCUACAAUGGACAGAUUGCUUAUUGGGACACACGGAAAGGGAGCCAGCCGGUAGACAUGUCUGCCGUUGAGCAUAGUCAUAGAGAUCCUGUCUACAAAGUCAUCUGGCUGCAGUCGAAAGCAGGCACCGACAUCUUCUCGGCUUCUACAGAUGGUCAGGUACUGUGGUGGGACAUUCGUAAGAUGAGCGAGCCCACAGAAAGACUCGUCCUGGACCCCAGUAGGAAAGGUAACAUUGAGAAUGCUUAUGGUGCCACCUCUCUGGAGUUUGAGACCACUAUGCCCACUAAGUUCAUGGUGGGCACAGAGCAGGGAUAUGUGAUCUCCUGCAACCGCAAAGCAAAAACCCCUGCUGAAAAGAUCGUGUGCACGUACGGCAGCCACCACGGCCCAAUUUACGCCCUCCAAAGGAAUCCAUUCUUUCCUAAGAACUUCCUGACCGUGGGUGACUGGACUGCCCGCAUCUGGUCUGAAGAUAUCAAAGAGUCCUCCAUCAUGUGGACCAAGUAUCACACAACCUCUCUAUUAGAUGGCUGCUGGAGUCCAGUGAGACCUUCAGUCUUUUUCACAGCAAAGAUGGACGGAACCCUGGACGUUUGGGAUAUCCUGUUUAAACUAAACGAUCCCACUCUCACCCUUAAAGUUUGCGAUGAAGCUCUGUACAGCAUUCAGGUACAAGAGAACGGACGUUUCUUGGGUUGCGGCUCUGAGCUGGGAACAGUGACAAUGCUGGAGGUUUCAGCGGGCCUGUGCACACUGCAGAAGAAUGAGAAAGUUUUGGUCUCAGAGAUGUUUGAACGCGAGACCAAGCGAGAGAAGAUUCUGGAAUCUCGACUCAGAGAGAUGCGUCUGAAGGAACGCAGCCGCUCCGAGCAGAGCAGAGAGGAUGAGGGGAAAGAGGGAGACAAGGAGGAGUCCGUGGAGGAGCUGAUCGCCCGUCAAGAUCAAGAGUUCUUCGAGAUUCUGGAAACCGAGACGAAAAAUGAGAGGAAUCGUGAGAAAGACAGAGAUCAGGAGAAAGACGUGUGUGAUGAAAAAAACAUCCAAGACGAGAAAUAAACUAAUGGUGUCAAGAAGGAAAAGUUUUCAAGGCUUGUUUUAUUCUUCGAGUCAACAUUUUAAAGCUAUUCUCAUCUUUAACUAUAUAUAAUUAUUUUAUUCAGUGCUUUAAAACAUUUUCAGGGAUUAAAACAUUUUUGGUCUUUGGAUUUACAUGCACUUAUGAUUGGAUUACCACAUUAUCAUAUGCUUUAAAGCGUUUAUCCUCUUAAGGAUCUCUAAAGGACCUCUUUGGUUUGGCUUGCAUUUUAGAUUUCUUCCAGCUAUUUGGGGUCAUAAAUAUAAUAACCAAAUAUUUUUCUUUGAACAUGAAGCAGUGUAAUUGCCCACGUUUUUGUACAACAGGUUCUAGUUACAAAUAAUUGAGUAUUAUGGUGCAAACAACAAAAAUGUGACUUCUCUCUAUUAUUUUUGGUCCAAGAGGUUACUGAUGUUUUCUUUAUCUUUCACUGACUACAGAUAACUACUUUUCAUUUUAUGAAAUGUAAAAAUUUGUGUAGCUCUUUAUGUCCGGUAAAUAUAAUAAUAAAUCUAUUUACUAGUUAAGUAAUUUA